CCGCCCUGUUCUCCAAGUUGCGUAGCUUCUCCAUUGGCAGCGGGCCCAACUCGCCGCAGCGCGUCGUCUCCAAUCUCCGAGGAUUCCUCACCCAUCGCCUCAGCAACAUCACACCGAGCGACACAGGUUGUUCACUGGCAUGCCAACAACUCGUACACCUCCAACUACAACAACCACACCAAAACAUGUAAAACCACACAGCAACAACAUCAAAAGCAGGAGCAAACACCACAGUUAACCAAAGCAACGAUAAACCACCUCAGAGCGGGCAAUUAGCGGAGCGGAAACGGAAACGGCCACAUUUGUAGCGAGAGCUAAGCAAUUUCCGGCUGUAAGAAUGGCAGGCCCGCAGAUCGGCGCUUAAAAGCUUUAAGGCAACAGAGAAGAGUACAAAAAAAGAAGAGAGAGAGAGAGAGAGAGAGAGAGAGAGAUAGAACAGAUAGAGAGAGACAGAGGAAGUCCCGAAGAAACUGGAUCAAAACGUUGUACACCUCAGCAAUUGAAAUUAAUUAAUUGCAACCAAAAUGGCCUCAUUCCAAAUACCUGUUAUCAACCUGGAGGUGCGCGAGGUCAAGGACAUCGUGUGGGAGAAGAUCCAGGAGCCGGUGAACCAGCGACGCCUCAUCCUCGUGAUUGUAUCGAUAGCCCUGCUGCUGGACAACAUGCUGUACAUGGUGAUAGUGCCGAUCAUACCCGACUAUUUAAGAGAGAUUGGCAGCUUCGAUGACGGGCCGACGCCCCCGCCUUUGAGGGAUAAUAUCACGGGAAAGAUCAUACCCGUGCAUCACGAUCAUCACGGGCAGGACUCCGCAACGGGCAUCCUAUUCGCCUCGAAGGCCAUCGUCCAGCUGAUGGUGAAUCCCUUCUCGGGCGGCCUCAUCGACAAGAUCGGCUACGAUUUGCCCAUGAUGAUCGGCCUGACCAUCAUGUUCUUCUCCACGGCAGUCUUUGCUUGUGGCAGCAGCUACAGUGUCCUGUUCUUCGCCCGAUCCCUGCAGGGAGCUGGUUCCGCCUUUGCGGACACCGCCGGAUUGGCCAUGAUAGCCGAUCGGUUCACCGAGGAAAACGAGCGAUCACAGGCCCUGGGCAUUGCGCUGGCCUUCAUCAGUUUCGGAUGCCUGGUGGCGCCUCCGUUUGGCGGGGCGCUCUACCAGUUCGCCGGAAAGGAAGUGCCCUUCCUGAUCCUAGCACUGGUGUGUCUACUGGACGGGCUGAUGCUGCUGCUGGUGAUGAAACCGGUCAAGGAGGCGAUAAAGCAAAGUAAGGACGUGCAGGACCAAGUAAUACCCAUCUGGCGCCUGCUGAUGGACCCCUACAUUGCCGUCUGUGCCGGCGCCCUGACCAUGUCCAAUGUGGCGCUUGCCUUCCUGGAGCCAACCAUCUCGCUGUGGAUGGAGGACAACAUGACCACGGACAACUGGAAGAUCGGCAUGGUCUGGCUGCCCGCCUUCUUUCCACACGUGCUGGGCGUGGUCAUUACGGUGAAGAUGGCCCGGAAGUAUCCGCAGCACCAGUGGCUAAUGGCCGCCGGUGGAUUGGCCUUGGAGGGCUUCUCCUGCUUCAUCAUACCGUUCUGCAGCGGCUACAAGAUGCUCAUGCUGCCCAUCUGUGUGAUCUGCUUCGGAAUUGCCCUAAUAGACACGGCUCUGCUGCCCACACUCGGUUAUCUGGUGGAUGUGCGAUAUGUGUCGGUGUACGGCAGUAUCUAUGCCAUAGCGGAUAUAUCCUAUUCGAUCGCCUACGCCGUAGGGCCCAUUAUCGCCGGCGGAGUGGUGGAGGCCAUCGGUUUUACGGCUCUCAACUUCAUGAUAGCCUUCUCGAAUCUGGCCUAUGUGCCCGUUCUGCGAAAGCUACGCAACAUCUACGACUUCAAGCCCUUCGAGAAUGAGGCUAACAUCCUGAUGCAGGACCCGCCCAACAAGGAGUACCAGACCUAUGUGAUGCACGACCAGAAACCAGUGGCGGGUGGUGUCAAGAACCACCUGGAGUACGGCCAGCAGUAUCAACAGGAGCAGGAGACCAAUCUCGAUGACCAGCAGUACGAGUACCAGCAGCAGCAGGGAUACCAGCAAGGAUAUCAGCAGGAUCAGGGCUACCAGCCGGGCUAUCAGGAGCAGGGCGGCAGCUACGCCCCGCAAGGUCAGCCCCGCGUGGCCAAUCCCUUCCAGCAGCAGCAACAGCAGCAGCAACAACAGCAGCAGGUCCAAAGCAGAGGUCCUGCCGCCCCAGCGAAUCCCUUUAGGCAAGGAUUUUAAACUGUUGCCCCACAUGCCCGAAAGCAAAAGAGAAACCCCUAGUUUUAAAUCGUGUUCUGUUGCACACCUCCGUGUGCAAUAUUCUGUUCUCUGUUGAACCCACUCUGAUCUAGACACAAGACACAUACACAUAUAUUAUUACUAUAGACAUAUAGGCAAGUGGUACGUACACUAUAACGAGCAUUACAUGCAGAUAGUUAAAAUAGCAGCUAGUUAAUGCCUUGCACCGCACCAAGUUUUGUAUCAUACACGAAUGUUGAAGCAACCGAGGACAGUGAUGGAAAUGGUAGGAUUUGAGUUUACUUGGGUGUGGAAUUGGCCAUAUUCGUACUAAGUUCUUGAUGGGAAUAUUAAUUUCAAAAUCCAAUUCCAAUUACGCACGCGAAAGUGUGAACUGAAAUACAAAACUCGUUUUGGUAAACUUUUUUUUAA